CUCUGGUAGACCGUUUUAUUUUUAUUAUUACACAUUUGUAUGUCUGAAAUAGGGUACCACAUAAUUGCAGAGUGUUAUUUUAGUUUUGGUAUUAGGUAGUGUAAAUAUCCAUCUUCUAAUAAAAAGAAGAAAAAAUAAUUCAAGGGCCGCUCAUAUUCUCAAGUUGUCUUUCUGCCACUCUGGCUAUUUGGAAGUAAUCAGUGCAGCAACAGGCUGAUUCUGAUUCCCUUAGUUUGCCUGAGUCACUGUCUGACAUUAGCAGCUCCUAGAAAAAAAGAAGACAUUUUUCACAUUUUUCCAGAAGAAGGAAGAACUUAGCAACGCCUGGGCUGCAUGGGAAGAAGGGAUAAACCAGCCCCCCAGAUACAACAGCCACACUUUGUAAUUUUUUUUUAUCUAGAGGUCCCCUGUUUUUUGUUUUUUCUAGUUAUUAGGAUAUUUUCCUAGAUAUCCCUGAGGAAAAUGCAUUUCUCGCUCCUUGUUGUUGGAUUUAUGAAACAUGAAAGUGAGGGAUGUCCUGUUCCCUUUCUCCAGGUCUGUGGCGGUUGCUCUCCUGCAAGUUCAAGUGGAAAAUUAUUUGGAGUCAGCAGAAAUACAGUGGGCAAAGACGACUUGUAGCAAAUCUGAAAGGAUUCCGCCCUGCAAACUUCCCUCUCGGUUUCUCUUGGUAGAGCAUCCAGGCCUCGGCUUGGAUAACCCAAGCGCCACCAUGGAGCCCAGUAGCUGGAGCGGCAGCGAAAGCCCUGGCGAGGACAUUGAAAGAAUGAGUGAUUCUGCAGAUAAGCCUAUGGACAAUGAUGCAGAGGGUGUUUGGAGUCCAGAUAUUGAACAGAGCUUUCAGGAAGCUUUAGCUAUUUAUCCACCAUGUGGGAGAAGGAAAAUAAUUUUAUCAGAUGAAGGCAAAAUGUAUGGUAGGAAUGAAUUGAUAGCCAGAUACAUUAAAUUAAGAACAGGAAAAACGCGGACCAGAAAACAGGUGUCUAGUCACAUUCAGGUCUUAGCAAGAAAGAAAGUUCGAGAAAUCCAAGCCGCCAUUAAGGUGUCUAGUCACAUACAGGUUCUUGCCAGAAGGAAAUCUCGUGAUUUUCAUUCCAAGCUGAAGGAUCAAACGGCCAAGGACAAAGCACUCCAACAUAUGGCAGCAAUGUCAUCUGCUCAGAUAGUAUCAGCAACUGCCAUUCACAACAAGUUGGGCCUACCGGGUAUUCCACGUCCUGCCUUUCCUGCUGCUCCUGGGUAUCCUUUGAUGAAAAUCAGCAAGUAUUGGCCCGGAAUGAUUCAAACAGGUCAACCAGGAUCCUCACAAGACGUCAAGCCAUUUGUUCAGCAAGCCUAUCCCAUUCAGCCAACAGCACCUAUUACAGGUAUUACUGCCAAACCAUCAUUAUGCCACUCUGCAUUUGGGUCAGGAUUCGAGUCUGCCUCUGUGCCUGCCUCCUCUGUACCUGCAUGGCAAGGCCGAUCGAUUGGAACAACGAAGCUUAGAUUGGUGGAAUUCUCUGCGUUUCUUGAGCAGCAACGAGACCCAGAUGCAUACAACAAACACCUCUUCGUGCACAUUGGACAAGCCAACCAUUCUUACAGCGAUCCAUUGCUUGAAGCUGUAGACAUUCGUCAAAUUUAUGACAAAUUUCCAGAAAAAAAGGGAGGCUUAAAAGAACUGUUUGGAAAGGGGCCUCAAAACGCCUUUUUCUUAGUCAAGUUCUGGGCAGACUUAAACUGCAAUAUUCAAGAUGAUGCUGGAGCCUUUUAUGGUGUUACUAGUCAAUAUGAGAGUUCAGAAAAUAUGACAAUUACAUGUUCCACCAAAGUUUGCUCAUUUGGAAAACAAGUCGUAGAAAAAGUAGAGACUGAAUAUGCAAGGUUUGAAAAUGGACGAUUUGUAUACAGAAUUAAUCGCUCCCCAAUGUGUGAAUAUAUGAUUAAUUUCAUCCACAAACUGAAGCAUUUACCAGAGAAGUAUAUGAUGAACAGUGUAUUGGAAAACUUUACAAUUUUGUUGGUUGUAACGAACAGGGAUACACAAGAAACCCUGCUCUGCAUGGCAUGCGUAUUUGAAGUUUCAAACAGUGAGCACGGAGCACAACAUCACAUCUACAGGCUUGUGAAAGAAUAAGUGUGCAUACAGAGGGAUUCUUUAUAAGUGUCUUUAUACAACAAUUCACAAUGGAAACAGACUUAAACUCAACACUAAAAUGGCAGUGCCUAUGGCCCACCCAGCAUUUCUCUUCUUGUUUAUCUCAGUGAAGUCAUUUUUAAUAUGUUCUUAAAUUAAUGGUAGCUGUGAAACAUUGCAGUUGUAAAGAUUUCUUAAGAAAAAAGGAAAAAAAAAGACUUUUUCUACUUAUUGUUGGGAUCGAACUCUUGUGCUGGAGGGGUGCACCAUGUAUUGCAGAGCAAAAUCAUGGCGGAAUUUUCCAGCAGAUAAAUAUUGCAAGGGCCUUCUUUAAUUAGGCUUUGCAUACGUGGAGAUAAGUACAAAAAAAAAAAGAGAGAGAAAGUGUUUUUCAUUGUAAAAUUUACAGCCUUUCAAAUCUUAUACGUAAAAAAAAAAUGUUUUGACAAUUCAAGAAAAACACAAAAGAAAUUAUAUGAAUGUAAAAAUGUUUUAGAAAUAUUGAUUUUUGUAACUACCUGUAGCAGAGGGUUAAGCGUAUGAACGAAUGUAAUUCUCUAAAUUAUUUAAGUGAGGGAAAAGGAGGGGGGAGGGAUAUGUUUUCUGUUUGAAACCAAAUGCUAAUAUGUUCUUUGGAGGCACCUGACGAGAUGCAGUGGUUUUAUAUUAUUUUCUAUAUAUACUAAUCUUUUAAUCCAGAAAACUAUUUUGAAACAGGUACUGCAAACAAAACCAGCCUUCUAGCUAACGUAACUACUGUAUAAAAAAAACAAAAACAAGAAGCAAAAAAGGUGUACUGUGCUAAUACAGUGGUUUACGUUGGUGAAAAAAGAUUAUUUGCAAUGACUUAUUUUUUAUGGGUUUGUCAUGUUGACCUACAAAUUAUUUCUAUUAGGUUUUAAUUAAGUUUUAUGUGAAUUCUUUAAUUAUUUUCCUUUUUUGGAGUUUAGUCAAAGUACACAAUACUGAUAUUGUGUAAUAUCACCUAUAAAGGGCAUCCAGGACAUAAAACUAGCUGCAUGUUUAAAAAAAAAACAAGAAAUACAAAGAGAAGUUACCAAUCAUGCCCUUUAAGUUCCAGGUAAUAUUUUAUUUCUAAAGUUACACUUAUUUCUAAGGAUCUUAAAUGCAAGACUGUAGGAUAUUAAAUGUUUUCUAUCCUCACCAUCUGAUUUUGAGGUUCGUGCAGAACUAUCCUUCAGCAUAACUAGCAACUGUCUGGGAAUACUCAGGACUAUUUUAAUUUUGAACCUAAAUCUCAUGAUCAGGUGUAGGACUAAGCUGUCCUGCAUUUAGCGUUGUCGUACACAUGUGCGUUUCAUUUUUUUUAUUUAUUUUUUAACAGAAACAUGUUUGCAAUACACUUUUUAUUAGAAAAAAUGCUUGUAGCAAAAGCUGUUACUGUUUAAAUAGCUUUUACUUUGCAUGGGUGCACACACACACAUAUAUAUAUAUAUAUAUAUUUGCAAAUAUGAAGGAGCACUGGAAUCAGUUGGAAUCAAAACUUUUUAUUCAGAAAUUAAGUAUAAAAUCCAUCAAUAUAACAAAUGAUCGGUUACUUAUUCUGGCCACCAAAGUUUACAAGCCACUUACGUCUUUCAGCCAAGAUACCGUACUCAUGGUUGUUUUAUGGUCUGUGCACCUAUAGUAGAGAGCUGCUUCUGCUCAAAAGGUGGUUGUAUCAAUGUGAGUGCACAGGACAUAUCUAGAUACAUUCUGUAUACAACUCUCUUGAAACAGUGAUGACACAAAUGCUUCUAAUAAAUGUUGGAAGCAUUUUUUUUGCUAAUACUGGUGUAAUUCUUCAAAUAAGAACUGAAACACACAUAUUAUCAUUUAAAUUUUGACCAUCAUGUUUUGACAUUUGUUUAAAUAUACCAGAGGGUCAUAGUUCAUCACAUAUGUCCAGCUGCUUGCAUAAUCAUGCCACUGGGGGUUAUAAAUACUUUUCACGUAAGAUAUAUGUGCCUUUUCCACAUCACCAGUUUGGCAGCUGAUCAUAAGAUUAAUAUCGCAUGUCACUUGGUAAUACAGGCUUUUAAAUGAGCAAGCAUCAGGCCUCACUCAAUGCAUAGACAGUAAUGAUUAAGGCUUUACCCCCAACCUCUCCCUAUAAUGAACGUAUCAGAAAUGUGUCCUAGUUUAGAACCUUGCAGUAUUGUGAGUAGUCGUUUCACUUAGUUUGAGCAGUGACAAAUCUGGAGUUAUCACCCAGCAAAUCUAAAUUGGAACUAUUGUCUGCAGCAUUGUAGCAAUGCAGAAGUGUCCUUUACUGUGUACACAAAUGGUAUCAGUGUUUUUCACACACUUACCCUUCAGAGACCAGAUUUAAAGAAAUGUUUAAAGGGAUACUAAACCCAAAUUUUUUUGUGCAUGCAAUUUUAAGCAACUUUCUUUUUAUCAAAUUUUCUUUGUUCUCUUGCUAUAUUUAUUUAAAAAGCAGGAAUAAAGCUUAGGAGAUGGCCUGUUUUAGGUUCAGCACCCUGGAUAGCACUGAUUGGUGACUACAUUCAGCCGACCAAUAAGAAAGCGCAACCCAAGUUCUGAACUAAAAAUGGGCCGGCUACUAAGCUUUACAUUUGUGCUUUUUAAAUAAAGAUAGCAAGAAAACAAAGAAAAAUUUAUAUUAGGAGUAAAUUAGAGCAUGCCAUUUUAAGCAAUUUUCUGUCUGACUCAUUAAUGAAAAAUGUUGGAUUUAGUAUCCCUUUAAACUCAGUUAAAACCUGAUAAAAAAAAUCAUAGUAAAAUUAACAUUGCACUUUACCUAGAUUUCCUGUAAUUAUCUUCUGAACACUUCUUGUUUGAGGUUUACUCCAAUAAUUAUACAGGAGAAUAUUUAAAUUUUAAAUCUAUCAAUACUAUUGGACUGUGUGCUGUUUUGCUAGUUCUUUUUUACUAGAACAUGUCCCUUUUUGGGAAAGGAAGGAUUCCUUUUUAAUUAUGUAUUUCAUUACAGUCUUGUAUUUAAGCCCAGUAGAAAUAGUCAUACAUUUCUCUUAAAUAUAAUUCGGCACAAUAACUAUUUUUCUCUGCAUUAGAGUCUUGCUAAGGAUUAAAAAGGUGAGUCAGUGCUCAGUAUGGAAAUAUUCUGCUGUAAAGGGUUACAGUUUCACUGUAUACUAAGGGUUUGUUUUAGGGCAGUGAGGACAAAUAUAGUCUAGCCGUGACAGCACCAAUGCAAAUAUUUUUAAAUAAAUUAUAUCAACAGUAUAUAAACUAGAUAGGAUUGUAUGUAAAUCUGAUGCUACCAGGCAAUGCUGCUGUAGACAUUUAAAUAUUUGAGUGCAUAUUUAAAGGGAUACUGAACCCAUUUUUUUCUUCAGAUAGAGCAGGCAAUUUUAGGCAACUUUCUAAUUUAGUCCUAUUAUCAAUUUUUCUUCGUUCUUUGGUAUCUUUAUUUAAAAAGCAGGAAUCUAAGCCUACGAGCCGGCCCAUUUUUGGUCCAGAACCUUGGAUAGCGCUUGCUGAUUAGUAGAUACAUUUAGUCACCAAUCGCUACCCAGGUGUUUGAACCAAAGAUGGGCUGGCUCGUAAGCUUACAAUUGUCAAGUAAAGAUACCAAGAGAACAAAGAAAAUUUUAAAAUAGGAGUAAAUUAGAAAGUUGCUUAAAAUUGCUUGCUCUGAGUCAUGAAAGGAAAAAAAUUGUUCAUUAUCCCUUUAACAAUAAAAAGUUGUUUUAAUUUUCUUUCUUGUUUAGCAAGGUUGCAGAGCCUCAUUUUGCCCAGUUAUAGAAUCUGUGGCAAUAAGGAUUUGUAGAUGCCCUCCAAAUUGCUUAAAUAUUGUUUAAGAUGUUAAAGGGCCAGUGUACUGUAAAAUUAGUUUCACCUUUAUGUGUUUCCAAUGACUUGCCAUAUCAUACUAGCUGCAGAGUUUAAAAUGUAUGGAAAAUUGUUAUGUAUAUUUUUGUAUAUGAAAUAGCUGCCUCUGCUUAUUAAAACCACAACCUAAUGGGAUGGGCUGAGCUUCCAAGGAGAUCAGACUUUGUUAGCUUAUCUCUCUCUUUUUACACAAAAUCAUCAUUAUUAUUAUUUUUUUACACAGUGAGACCAAAACUUAGAGAACAAUGGAAAAUUAACAUUAACAUCUCUUUCCAACUGGGAGUUAUUAAUAUUAUUUUAUUUAUAAAACACUAACAUAUUAAGCAUCGCUGUAACAUUAAAGGGACACAAUUCACUUGAAAGUGAUGCUGCAUUUGAAAGCUUGCAGAAAUAAUCCUUUUUCUUUAGCCAAUAAAGUCAUCACUUAUUCAACUUUUGUUUAUUUUUUAUUUAGUUAACUGGCUAAUACUGUACCAAGAAAACAUGUUUUUCUUCUUAAUCUCAUUACAGUAAGUGAUCUGUGAACAGUUAUACUUCAUCUACUGUCAGCUGCAUGUAAAAAAAUAAAAUAAAAAAUACAACAGCCAAUCGGCUUCAUCAGUGCUGAUGUCACAUUUUGCUUUUCUGUGAUCUCAUGAGAUUUCACUUAAAUCUCACAAGAUUUGAGAGUAAAUUUGAAAGUCCUAAUUACUAGUAUUCCUGAUUGGCUGCUUAAAGUCCAUUUUACAAUGGAAUUUAGCUACUGAGGAAAAUUUGAGGUAAAAUAUCCCUUUUUUACAUAGAGAUGUUCAGGUGAUUUUUACAGCUAUGCUGCAUCACUUUCAAGUGUUUUAACAUUUGGGUAUCAUGUAUUUUAAAGUACACAGUUAUGGAGUACAAUAAUAAGACAUUUACAUGAAUCAUAAGGGUCAAUUUGCUUCUCGACAGUUUUGCUUACAUAUCUUUUCUAUAACCAGAGCUUAAGUAUUGAAUUUUUUUUUAGUAUAGGUCGGGGGUUACAACAGGCACAAUCAGCUAUUUAAAAUGAGAAAAUACAGGUAAAGGAGUUAUUUGUAAAAUAUGUAAUAUAUUCCAGCUGGUAAAAUGGAUCAUUGGGAACACUUUAAAGG